GCGCGCGGUGGGCGGUGCUCGCUUCUGCCGGCUCUCCGCAGACAUUGGCUCCGCGAGGGCAGGGCGGGUCCCAGCAAAACUGCCUCCGACUCUGGACCGCCCUCGGCACCGCCCCGCCGGCUCGCGGCCUCUCCCCUCUUGGUUCCAGCUCCGCUCUGCCUCAGUUUCUAUGGGGAAGAAGAGUCUGCUGUUGUGGGAAGGGGACGGAGGGAAGGACACCCUCCAUAUUAGACAUCAGCUAGAACAUCCCCCAUUGUGACGGGGUGGGUGGUGUCUCCUCGCCUUCCGUUCCCUAGCAGCAAGCCCGCCCGGAGGAUGAUGGAGCUGAUGACCUCAGAGCGAAACCAGCAGCUUCCGCGACUGCUGGGUGUGAAGCACCUGGUGUGACAACACCUCUGGCUGGGGCUGCUGGAGUGAGAGUGAGGGCCAGCCAGCUGGUGCUGGGUGUGCUGUGGGGGUGUGAACGACGCGGGCUGGAGUCGACCAUCCUGAAUUAGGAAGCUGGGGGUGGUGUGAGUCUGAGACCAGCAGAUGAACAGACAGAAGCUGAAAGAUCCCCAAAAAAGGAUGCUGGAGAGGACCUCUCAGAACUGGAGCCCAGGCCACUGGCUGCUGGCACUUUACCUGGCCUGGCUGUUGACCCUCCUUGACUCUGCUUCCUUGCAGACGCAAACUCCCACAGUCUUCGCGAAGCAGGGCACCUGCGAGGUGAUUGCGGCUCACCGCUGCUGCACCCGGAAUCGCAUCGAGGAGCGCACCCAGACUGUCAAGUGCUCUUGCUUUCCUGGCCAGGUGGCCGGCACCACACGGGCAGAGCCCUCCUGCGUGGAUGCCUCCAUCGUCCUGCAGAAGUGGUGGUGCCAGAUGGAGCCUUGCCUGCCAGGGGGGGAGUGUAAAGUGCUCCCAGACCUGUCGGGAUGGAGCUGCAGCAGCGGACACAGAGUCAAAACCACCAAGGUCACACGAUAGCUCUUGGCGUCACAGUCUAGACAAGACAGUUUGACUGAGCCAUGGACUGAAGAAUGGUAUCAGCCAGCAAAAAUGGAGAUUCACUUACCUGGACGUAUGCCCUGUGCCAAGUGCAAAGCCGUUCUUUCCCAAGGCUUUUCAAUUGAGUCGUUCAGCAGAUAAGGACGGAUCUUCGGCUACAUACCUAGUGUUGUGCUGGGUUCUCCUGGGGGACCCAGAAGAAGGUCAAGAUACAGUUGCUGCCCUUGAGGGAUGCCAAGUCAAGUUGGAGAGUUGUUGAAAAACAAUGAGCUAAUUUAGGUUAAAACAUGUGAUGCAGGACUGUGUGUGGCUUCCGGAUCAAUGCUGUGGGCCUGUUGGGGGUGCGAGGGUGAUCUGGUGGCCCUUCAGCCACCCCCUUGCCACAAGGCACCAAGACAAGACGUCAUAGUCACCACCCGCCACUUGGCUCCCUCACAUGGGUCUGAACACCCAGGAAGCUGCCAACAUGCUGAGGGAAAAACCCCUCCCCUUGAUGAGAGGCUAGCCAUAUCUCAUUUGCAUGGGACUGAGUUGACUUGGGGAAGGAAAGCUUCGAUGAAGCCAGACAACUUUCCAGCAAAGCUUCUGCAGGGGUGUGGCCUGGUUUGGGCUAUUCACUGGAUAGGGGAUGGACAGGACCUUAAAAUUACCCUCCGUCUAAGCACCUCAGGUUUUUGUUUGCUUAUUCUAACAGACGAGGAAACUGGGUCCCAGAGACUAAGACAACUCGUCAAGAUCUCCCAGUUUGGGUUCCCAAAUCUCUAAGCCCUUUCACUGAGCCUGGAUGUGGGACUCCAACCUGGGCCUUCCAUGUUCUUAUCUCAGAAGAGGAGCCUGCAAAGAACUCAGCAACAUUUCUCUUGGGAGACGCCAGAACAGGUCCUUGUUAUGUGAAGUAAUCCAUAAUACCUAGGUGCCAGGAUGUGAGACCACUGGAUCUCCACUCUGCCCUCAGCCUCCAAAAUUACUAACAGCCCCCAUAACAGCCCAGGGGUCACUCGGCCAGUUACACCUGAGACACUCUGAGCUGGUGGCCCUAUUGUCUAGGCUGACGCAUCUCUCCCCGAGGGCUUAGGCUCAUAUGUAACUCCUAGAGGCUCUGGCUCCAGGACAGACUCUGGGUGGAGUUCAGGGAUGUUCCCCUAAUCCUCUCCCUUCAAAGGUCCUGCUGGGCAGUAAAGGAUUCCUUGCAGGGCUGGAUGGA